AUGUGUCGAUUACUAGGUAUGGUGAUAAGUGUUGGUAUUCGCUCUAAUAUUGCAGUGUAUAAGGGCAGUGAACCUAUUCUACUCUCCCAUUUGUUUACUCGCCCAGCGCAUAGCAUUAUUAAUCAGGCUUUUGAUUCGCGACUUCGUUUGGAUCUCAACACACCUAUCAAUGGUGAUGGUUUUGGGGUUGGGUGGUAUGACUCGGUAACCGACUCCGAACUUGGUCAGGCCCCUUGUAUAUUUACAAGUGUAACACCAGCAUGGAACAAUAUUAAUUUGCGUCGUAUUGCUGAAAAGAUUAAAAGCCCGCUUAUUUUUGGUCAUGUGCGUGCAUCCACGGCAGGUGCACUGAGUGAGACCAAUUGCCACCCUUGGAGGUACGGUCGUUUGAUGUGGAUGCACAACGGUCAGAUUUCUCAGUUUGCGAAAAUCAAGCGCCGCCUUUUGGCUGCACUUCCUGAACCGUUGUUCUUAUUCCCUCAGGGACACACUGACUCGGAAUUUGCAUUUGCCCUGUUUUUAAGCCAUAUUAAGGACCCCAAGAGUUCGGAUGAAUUCUCAUAUCAGGAACUGAAAGACGCCAUGCUACAGACAAUCCGUGAUAUCAACACAUGGUCGAAAGAGGCGGGCGUCGAUGAGCCGAGUUUGCUGAACUUUUGUGUCACUGAUGGCAAAAGUGUGGUUUGCACUAGAUAUGUUUCAAGUAAGACAGACGAAGCAGCUAGUCUGUUUUUCUCUACCGGCACGUCUUUCUAUGAGCAUUCCAAAGGCGAAUAUCGAAUGGUGAAAGCUGGUCGUCGCCAAAAAAUUGUCAUGAUCGCAAGUGAACCGUUGACAUUUGAACAAGCGGACUGGAUGGAAAUCCCUUCGAAUACGUUGGUCUGCAUUACCCCCAAUAUGAACGUUCUGCAAUAUCCCAUUAUGGAUGAAUUCCAUAAUGCCUGUCCGGAGACUCUUGCAAGGAAUCCAGACUUUGUGCUUCGUGCUGGAUUCCAUACAUCAUCGUCACUCACCGAAGCUGGGCCCUCAACUACGGUGCCCCAUCGACGACAGAUGUCGUCGUCCUCAUCUGCUCAGGUUAGUGCGUAG